UACAGCAACCUUCCAGCAUUUCUCACCAAACGUGGAGGUUUGAAUUCUGGUUUUAUGUUGGCUCACGUGACUUCGGCCGCAUUAGUUUCCGAGAACAAAGUACUGUGUCAUCCAUCCAGCGUCGAUAGUUUGCCCACCAGUGCUGGACAAGAGGAUCACGUGAGUAUGGGUCCGUUCGCAGCGCGCAAAUGUCUUCAGGUCGUGCAAAAUGUUGAACAUGUACUGGCUAUUGAAUUGCUCUGCGCUUGCCAGGCCCUGGAAUUUCUCCGACCUUUGAAGUCCACUCAACCGCUGGAAGCAGUUUACCGACUUGUUCGUGGAGUUAGUCCUGCAUGGGAGAAUGAUCGAUUCAUGUCACCGGAAAUCGAAGCGGUCACUGCCUUGAUACGCGCGGGGAAAAUAUGGGACGUGGUGAAACCGUAUGUGGCUCAGUAUGACAAUGAGAUCUUGGAUGACCCGAGCCCACAGACCAUCAACAGCACCGGAAAAGCCCCUGUGGCUAGUGCUGGUCGGAAACGAACACAGUCCAACUCACAACAGCCAGCGACAAAACGAGCAAAUGUUGGAAAUACCUAA